CUGGGAGUGUGAUGUGCUCAACUAUUGCUCCUUCACUUGUUCGCUGGAACCGGUUGUUUCAAUGGAAAUGCGCCUAGAGUUUCAUUGGGCUCUAAACUUGUGUUGUGAGGCGAAUUUGCGGUUUAUUUUUCUCUUAUACGGUUGAACCUCCGAGGUUCUCAUUUUAAACCUGUUCGCCUCGGGAGUCUGGGAUAGAGGAAGAGUUGUGUUUUUGGAGUGGGCUUGUUGUUUGAGAGAUAUUAGGUGGUGUUGUGGCUCCGGCUCUCUCUGGCAAAGCCUCGCCACCCGCUUUCUGUAGCAUUCAGAGCCACUCAGCUAAACAUGAGGGCUGCAGGAGCCCGAAAUAGCGUUAAUGAAGUGGCAGAACCGGAUUUGGUGCAAGUUUUUGUUUUAAAAAAUGCUAUUAAUUUCAAAAGGACCACCUAAGCAUCAUUUAAGGUGAAAAGGAAGUGUUGUAGCAGUUGGGUGUAGGGAAGGACCACGCCAUACCGCUGGUCUUUUCUGUUGAUUGUGGGACAUUAUGUUUGAGUCCUGCGGUUAUUGAUCAACAUGUGACUGACGGAAAUACUGCCUCGCUUUUUAAAAAUCAAAAUUGGUCACCUCUUUUUGGCUUUAUGCCUGGUGGCCAGUGUCAAUCACACGUAGGCCAUUCGGACUAUAUUAAAAAGGGGAAGCUGGUACAAUGCAUGUUUGUGCCACUUUUCAAAAAUCAACCGGACAAAAAGCUGCUGUUUCGGACUGAGAUCACCCCGGGAAUUACGCUGUCAAGCAGGCGGAGCAGUUGCAGGGAACCAGUAGCGUCUCUACAUUGGAGGGAUGGGUCUGGGGGAGAGAAUCGUAGCAUAGAAACGGCUAUUUGGGACUACGACAUCGCUUGCUUAUGUUUGAAGAUCAGAUUUCGCGUUCAAAAUGUAUUGAUUACUGAAGAGUUUGGUACUCGAUGAAUAAGGAGAAUGCAACAAAAGCUCUUUAAUUUUAGAAAUGAAGACUUUGAGAAGAUAAGGAUUCAACCUCUCUUGGCUGUUAUCCUUGUACCUUUCUAGGUCCCUAUAAAAAGAAAAGCCAUAAGGCAACAAGACUCUGGCACAAAACUAGAUCAACCAUGAUAAAAUAUGAGUCUUCUGGGACGUUCAACGCUUCUGUGCAUCAUGUCCAGAAAAUCCUGUGACUGAAUGGAGUCUAUCAGCAGAUGUUGAAACAAUGGUUAUAAAUUAGCCCCACCCAUUUAAAGACCUUACAAAGGGAGGGGAAAUAUAGCCAAGUUACCUAUCCUUUCUUGGAAUUACAAUGCAAGUGAUGAGUUGCCUGUCAUUUGUAAAUGACAAAGAGAAUGCAAAUUCUCCAUCAGUCCCUGAUUUAUUACCUGGACUGCCACCAUCAUCUCCUCCACUUGCAGGACCACCACCACCUCCACUGCCGCCGCCGCCACCACCACCACCAGGGCUCCCACCACCUCCUCCACCCCCUCCUCCACCAGGUUCCCAUCGUGGUCAUAAAAAACGGAUUCGCAGUUUCUUCUGGAAAACCAUCCCUGAGGAGCACAUCCGUGGAAAAACCAAUAUCUGGACUAUUAGUGCUAGAGAGCACUCCUACAGGAUUGAUACCAGUACUAUUGAAGAGCUGUUUGGACAGCAGGAUGAAGUCAAAUCUAAAUUUAGCACGACAAACAAGAAUUCAAGGUCUCUAUUCAAAAGCAACAACCAAGAGAUCAGUAUUUUGGAUGCAAAAAGAAGCAUGAACAUUGGAAUAUUUCUGAAGCAAUUCAAAAGGUCGAAUCAAUGCAUUGUUGAAGAUAUUCUGUCAGGAAGGAGCGAGGCUUAUGGUUCCGAAAAGCUGCGUGAACUUCUCAAAAUAUUACCAGAGGCGGAAGAGGCAAAGAAGUUACAAGCCUUCAAAGAUGAUGUAAACAAGCUAUCACUUGCAGAUUCAUUCAUGGUCCUACUGCUACAAGUGCCAAGCUAUGCCCUGAGGGUUGAGGCUAUGGUUCUUAAAGAAGAAUUUUCUCCUGCCUGCUUUACUCUGUACAAAGAAAUGAGAGCAAUUCGAACAGCCACAAAAGAAUUGAUGACAUGCGAGGAACUUCAUGCAAUUCUGCAUUUGGUUCUGCAGGCUGGCAAUAUCAUGAAUGCCGGAGGCCACGCAGGAAACGCUGUGGGUUUCAAGCUUUCUUCGUUGCUGAAGCUAGCAGAUACAAAGGCAAACAAACCAGGAAUGAACUUGCUGCACUUUGUCGUUCUGGAAGCACAAAAAAAGGACACAAAUCUUUCAACCUUUCCUGAAAAAUUGAAGCAUGUCCAGGAGGCAGCAAGGUUGUCAGUAGACAGCAUCGAUGGAGAGCUACAAUCACUUGUGAGCAGAACAAAAUGGAUGCAAGUAAAUUUAAAGCAAGACUUUGAACUCCUGCAUCAAAUGGAGGAUUUCACUCAGCAAGCUUUAAAAGAAGUGGACAAAUUAGAGAAAGAGCGAGUGGAUUUGCAAAGGGAGGCCAGUACUCUCAUUGACUUCUUCUGUGAAGAUAAAGAAACAAUGAAAUUAGAAGAAUGCUUUAAGAUAUUUCAAGACUUUUGUGACAGAUUCAAAAAAGCUGUCAAGGAGAACAGGGACAGAGAAAUCCAGGAUCUCCGUCAACAGCAGAAGCUAAAAGAACUGGAAGAGAAACGGCAUCUGUGGGCAGCUGGUGAGCGAGCUGUAUUUGGGCGGAGCAGUAGUGAAAAUGAUGUGGAACUGCUCAUCAAAGAUGGGCUACGUGACCUUCUGGCUUUCACACAGCGAAGAUCCCAAAGUCCAGGAGGUGUAAAAAGAACAAGAAGCAGGCGCAUACGUUCAGCUGGAGGCUCGGUAAUGGACAACCAUUUACUGUCCUUUUUGCAGGCAACUGAAACAGAUGAACAGGCCAAGUCAAACAGUAUCCCUCGAUCAACGGCACGAUGCUCUAGACAGAGGGCAGCCUGGCAGGAGUCAUCAGAAACUCGAGAAGGGAGUUUGGAUAAUGCAUACUUUGACUCGGACUGGGGCUCUUCUCCUGGCACGCCUGUAAAAGACAACCUUCGGCGUAGAGCGUCUGCCGUGUCUUUCAUUACUGAGAAUGCAGAGAGCAUUUGUACAACAAAUGUAGGGAACGCAAUGACUGUCAGUGUACAUGACACCACCAAUAACAAUGAAAAUAUAAGACAGAAUAGGAAUCACACCAACAGCACAGAGACUACAAAUAUAAACCAGAUGACUGCAGCCAAAGAGCAACUUGAGGUCCUUGAAGGUUUACAAAUUUUUAGUUAUUCCAAUUCAAAAGUAGCUGACUCUAGCCAAGUAACAACCUGUGAUGAAGUUACACUGACAGAUGUAGAAUACGCAGAAGACUUGAGUUUGCAAACUCCGAGUGUAGAUGUGAGUCUGCAGACGCCUGACACGGAUGUGAGUCUGCAGACGCCUGGCACGGAUGUGAGUCUGCAGACGCCUGACACGGAUGUGAGUCUGCAGACGCCUGACACGGAUGUGAGUCUGCAGGCGCCUGACACAGAUGUGAGUCUGCAGACUCCAGAUACAGAUGUGAGCAUUAUUACUCCUGACAAUGAUGUGAGUUUGAAAACUCCCGAUACAGAUGUGAGUUUGCAGAAUUGCACUACAGAUGUGAAUUUUCAACCCUCUACUGUCUCCAACCCACGUGUGCUUUCGUCCAACCUUAACUACACUAAUGGUGACCCUUACUGUGUUUCAAAUUCACGCUCAUCUCCACAAAAGGACAAAAUUAAUGAAAGCACUGAUGUUUCUGUACUGAACUCAGAUGUCACAAAAUCUCCAGCAUGCCUUACUUCGAAUAAGGAGGGUGGAACAGUGUUUUUUGUGCUGGGAUACACAGAUGAUGUGGAUCAUUCUGGACCUGUAGACAAAUGUGAAAUGAAAGCUGUUUGUCAAGAAAUCAUUGAAGAGUCACGUCAGGUUUGGGAAAGCCAAGAUAAUCAGAUCAGAGACCAGAUUGCAACAUCUCAUGAUUUAGAGCACAUGACAUCUGACUGUUUUUCUAUGCCUGUCGCUGAGGAUAGAGCCACUCAAAAUACUUUAACUAAUGAGGCAGUCUCUCUGAAAUUGGAUUUACCAGAGAAGGCAAAGCAUAUUUCUAAUGUAAAGCAGCCUCAGACUGUUAGAGAGAAAGCAAUGGCCAGCCCAAAAACAACAGGGCAUUGUUUCAGUAAUACAAUCCAUCCAAAAUCUCCAAGAACAGCAAGCCGCUCUAAUAACAAUGAAAUAAAAAGGAUUAUGCCAAUAUCAAAGUCAACUAGAAGAUCAAAUAGUGUUAAAAGAUUGGAAACAAAAGCAUUAAAUAGUGAUGAACUAAGACAAUCACAAAAGGCGUCAGGGUCAAAUAGGAGGGACAGCUGCUCAAAGACUCCCCGCAGGUUCAGUUAUACGGCUGCAGAUCAAAAGCCAACAAAGGGAACCACUUCUUUGGACAGCUCAUCAAACAGCCUGCCAAAGCGUAGAGAUUCCCUUCGCAAACCUAGUGCUAAACCAGUCCACAAUAUGUCCAGGCCAAAACCAGAGGAAAGCACUAAAAUCUGUCGCUCAAGUACAAGAGGUUUCCCUAAGGCUAGAACAGACACAGCUGGAGCCGGGGAACCAGCUGAAAGAAGUGGCAUUGCCACACCAAGCUUAACCCCUAGCUUUGCCAGGAAUACUGUGGCAUCAUCCUCAAGACGCCAGAAGACGGAGUCCAUGCGGAUCCCAGGCACAUCUCAACAAACCUCCAAAACAAGCCUCACCAGAGCUGCUUCACAAAAGCAAACAGUGACAAAGUGCACUGGGACAGACCACACAAAAAGCAAUGAAAACACUCCUCUGAAAAGGGCAGGUAGCCAAAAACCAUUGAGCAAGUCUCAAGAGGCGAGUAAAGUAGCAACCUGUAAAACACAAAACACUUGUGCAGGAAACAAUAAUUUGCUGAAAUCUACAGAAAAGAAACUUGUCACAGCAGCAGACUCUAGUAGGGGCAGGAAAACCCCAGAAAGGGUACUGAAAUGGAAGUGAAGUUUUCCUAUUGUGUGUAGAUUAGGGAGUAACAAGCUUAAGGUGAUAAGCAAAUCUUUCUGAAAGGGAAAUUCGCUCCUCAUGAGCUUCCAGCUCACCUUUUCAUUGGUGAAUAAUGUUGUUCCACAUCUUGUCAACCUGAUGAUACUUGCUUGAACAUUAGACUUCCAACCAGAGAAUCGGAAAGUCCUCAGGAUUUCCAUUGGCAACUGGUGCAAAAGCUUGACUGUUCCUUAACCAUCUGAUGUCAGCCAGGUUUCUGGAACUGUUCUCUGUGGCGCUGGGAUGAGAUGGAGAAACUGCUCGAACCAAUCUGCUUUUUACAAGUACACCCCCUACCAUUCAGUGAACAGAUAACCAGAGAAGUAUGCUGGCCACAUUAGAUUUGUUGUCACAGACGGAAGCAGGAAUCGAAGACCUAUUGACGGAAUAAUGAUCGUAAUAGAAGUUGCAUUCUCAUUCAACUGAUGCUGAACCAGAACCUAACAGCAUCUUAAAUAAUAGCAACAUGAUUGCUCAUUCCUCAGGAAGAAUUACUGGUACAAGGUGUUUUUGCAGGAUUAAGUUUGAAUGCUGUUUGCCUGUAAUGGAUCUUGAUGUGUUGUAUAAAAAAAUCGGACAAGCUAAGUUAGCUUACCUCUCUUUGUAGUUUUUCAAUGUAUCUCAUUAAAGUGAGCGUCAAUGUUAAAUCUUUUAGUUUCUAGAAGAUGCACAUUUAUCAUUCUGGUGGGCUGCUGCUUUCUUUUUAAGGGAGGAGGGUAUUGGUGCUGAGGAUUAGAAAUGUAUAAAGAUAACAGUGAACGAACUAGUGGGUUGAUAUAUCCACUAUGAUAACAUAGUUGCAGCACCAUAAUUUAUUUUUUUGUAUUGUGAUAUGUAUAAUGUGUAUAAUAAAAGUGCAUUGCAUAAUCUGUACAGUAAAUACGAUAGCUGGUUAUUCGUUAAUUAAAUUCCAUGGAUGGGAUGCCACUCGUUCAGUCAUUUUGACUAAGCAGCCUCUGAUUGUAGGGUUGUUCAGAAAUUGGAACUUGAGAUUUAGAUCGACCGUUGUAUGUGGCUCUGUUCUGUUUUCUGACACCUUCUAUGUACAAAAGGACAUUCUUUCUUACAAUAAUGGAGAAGUGGCCCUCAGUUGCACAAGUAUCCUGAUUAAAAUACACAGACCUUGGUGAAAUUCCCAGUCUCGACAGUAAUGAUAAGCCUUUUGAUAUUGGAUGUUAACUGGUGAGGUUUGAAUACAAACUGUGCUAUAAAAGAACCUCGUCUUUUGUAUUUAAUAGUGACCCUAUACUUUAGCAAUGUGCUAGUUUGUAUAUAUAGGUGUUGCACUGCCUGUUUACCAGUUAUUUUCCCUUCUGUUUUGAUUAAAUAUAAAAACUGCAUACAUCUAUUUAUGACUGCUUUGUCAAGCUCAUGCCUGUCUGCAACAACGGUGUGUCAGUCCAUUUCUCAUCUUAUUCAGUAGUGUUUUUGUGGGCAUAUGUAUUUUACCCUGGUCUCUCUAAAGAGGGUACUUUAAUCUGAAAGAAUUAUAUAUUUUUUCUUGGAGCUGAGCUCAAUACAUCUCUUAACUGACCCACGCACCGUGUGUGAAAUGAAUCAGAUUGAAUAUGGCUUGGACUGAAUGGCUGCAGGCUGCUGAAUCAACCAUACUGUGCUUCAGAUUAAUGGCGUUUUAAUUGUUUUUAAUUGGCAAAUUAAGGAAGGUUUUAUUUCUUUCCUUAUGCUUUUAAAUGAAACAUUCUAGAACAUUAUUUUACGUCCACAAUAAAGAGAGAGUUUAAUGUAAACACAAUAAAACCAAUAUUCAGUCUGAAAACUUUUAAAUUGGCAAAGUGCCAGCAUUUUCUUCCUUUGUAUCUGACACGCUGUUGCUUAUUUGGCUAAGAAGUCUGUUAGCUUCAUAUACCUUGUCCAAUCCUUAGCAAUUCCUGCAUCACUUUGUAACAAAGGGCAGUACAUCCGUGAUAGCCGCUUUAUAUUAUCUCAACAGUAGCUGCCUUUGUCAAGCUUUUUAAAAAUGUAAUCACUCAGUGGUCAUUUCAGGUUGUAUGGUUACCUUAAGGUUGUGAACAAAAGUGAUGUAUCCUUGUAAAUUGAAAUGAAGUGUUGUAUACAGUAACAUUUGCACGUUCCACAUAACUUCUGUUCAGUCAAGUAUUAAAAGUAUGU